AUGUCGGAUAGCGAUCCAUUGAACACCGAAAAUGCGGCAGUUGAGGAGGAGCAGGAAAGAGCCGUAUCGGCCAUGGACAACCGUCAAGAAAAGUUGAACUGUCUGCAUGGUUUUCUCAGUCUUCGCCGUAUGUUUUAUCUUGUUGGGUAUUCUGUUGGACGAUAUCCCCAUGCGUAUCUUGUCGUUGCGCUUUUGAUCUCGAUUAACUCACUAGGAAUGUAUAACAUGGUACUCAAAGAUCGAAUCCGUGACGGGUAUACACCAACAAACGCACCUUCUAGAUACGAGACUGAUGUUCUUCGGGAAUUCUACAACAUUUCUGGCGACCCUGCUAUGACUAUAAUGAUUCUUAUGCCUAAAAAUGGAACCACUAUGCACGCUAAAGAAAAUUUGGACGAAGCAGAGAAGCUAUCCAAGUUUUUCCUUAAUGAAUUCAAUGGUACUCGUGAUGGACGCGUUCUUCGGUUCAGUGAGCUCUGUGAGCCGUAUUGUCAAAUUAACAAGGUCUUUGAGCUUUACAAGAGUGCUUAUGACGAUCAGUACAAGUUGUUUACUGGUGAACAGCGACUUUCGAAAAGCACCAAUCUAUCGUAUCCGCUUGCCACUAUGAACGGAUUUGAUAUUCAUUUGGAAAGGAGUUUAUUCGGAGUUGAACUAAAUCCUAAAUCUGAAGAUAAUACAACUGAUCUUGCUCUCGAUCUUCCCCCACAUCGCGUCAUCACUAAUAUGAAGCACGUUGAGGUCAUUGUCUUCAUUUUCCGUGGGGACAGAGACUCGGCAGAGAAGGAAAAGGACUUGAGUAAAUGGGAAUUGGACGCCUACGAGUGGAGUUUGAAUGAGUACAAAAGUGAUAUUGUGGAUGUGCAAAUUGUGGGAACAGAUGUUCUUGAUAAUGAGAUGAUGAAGGACGGAAGACGGUUAACACCGUUUUUUGCAGCAGGAUUCGGAUUCGAAAUCACAUUUGUCAGUCUUUGUGUUAUCCUCACUGCUGUUUACCAUAAUUGCUUGGACCAAGGAAAAUUGCUCAUUAGUCUUGGUGCUGUACUAUGCCCGAUUCUUGCCAUUACCUCUACUUAUGGAAUUGUAUCUAUCAUCGGUCUACGUGUGAACUCUUUUAUGCUUGUCAUGCCAUUCUUGGUCAUGGGAAUCGGAGUCGACUCGUGUUUCCUGAUGAUUCACAGUUGGCAAAAAGAAAGAAGAGCUCAAGAAAGCGGGACGGGAAAUCGCCUUGGAAUGGUUUAUGAGUCCGUCGGUCCAUCAAUCACAAUUACCUCCCUCACUGACUUUCUCUCUUUUGCCAUUGGAGCACUUGCACCAACUCCAGAAACUCGUCUUUUCUGUAUUGCAUCUUCAAUCGCCUUAGCUCUCACAUACAUUUUACAACUUGUACUCUUCGGUCCCAUCUUAGCAGUGGCUACUAAAUAUGAGCACAAGACAACAUCGACUAAUAAUAGUAAAUGGCGCAAAUGGCUAAAAGCGUGUUGGAAGAGAUGCAUUAAUAUUUAUUGCAAAAUCUUAUCCCAUAAAGUCUUCGCAGUUUUUGUAAUGUUGGGAACUGCAUGUUAUUGGUACUUUGCAAUCUAUGGACUAAUGACAAUGAAAACUCGUCUGGAUGCCGUCAAGAUUCUUCCAAAGGAUUCUCCACUUCAACGACCAAAUUUGGUUCUGACAAAUCUUGUCUGGGCUAACUAUCACCCAGUGACCAUCUUGGUCAACGCUCCAUUAGACCUGGAAAAUAGAAAUCAAAUGGCUCGUUAUUGGAAUAUGGUUGAUGAAUUUGAGAGAAUGCAUAACUGUAAAGGGAAAGCAUCUACACUUCUUUGGCUCCGUGAUUAUGUCAAAUUCUUUUAUUACGGAGAACCUUUUGAUUUGUUCGCUUUCCUUGGAUUAUCCACUCCAGAUGUUCAAGAAGAAAUUAAUCCAUAUGAGGCCAAUAUUACAACUGCGAAACUACCAGAAUUUCUCAAAUCCCCCUUCUUCAAACACUGGGACAGUUUCAUUCAUUACCACUAUGAAGGAGACAUCAUCAAACUCGAUCGCUUCAUGAUGAACGUAGCAUAUGACAACACAUCCUCUUGGGACACUCGUAUUCAGUUGAUGACAGAUUGGAGAAAAGUUGCGCAUAACUACUCGGAUCUGAAUAUCACAGUAUGGGAGCCAAAUGGAAUGUUUGUAGAUCAAAUGCUCAGUUUGGGUAGAACUGCGACACAGACUGGCAUCUGGACUCUUGUAUGUAUGGCGGUUGUAUGUGCCAUUUUUAUUCCAAAUCCUUGCUCUAUCAUCACUGCGACAUUUUCCAUUGCCUCCAUCACUACUGGCGUUAUGGGAUUCCUUUCUUUAUGGUCCUUCGAUCUUGACCCAGUUGUCAUGGCGGCUGUUUUGAUGUCAAUCGGACUGUCUGUUGACUUUAUUGCUCACGUCGCGUACCAUUUCCAGUUGGCACAUCGAAAAGAGAUUCGGAACGGAAAAAUUAAGAAGAUUCCAUUGAAAGGAUCGACCGAACGUUUGGAGCACACUCUCGGAGCUGUGGCAUGGCCAAUGAUUCAGGCUGGUGUCUCAACCAUCUGCUGCAUUCUUCCGUUGUUAUUCCGCGCGAGCUAUUCACCAUCUGUUUUCGUUGCCGCAAUCUUCCUGGUGGUCACAUUUGGAAUGCUACAUGGCCUCUUGAUUUUGCCCACUUUCCUGGCUGCUCUUCCCGAAAGCGUGACCACCGCCAAUUGCUAUCGCGUUUUCUUGUCAUCCUCAUCGGAGCGUAGUUGCCGUUAUGUGCCACGACGCGACAGUACGAAUAGUAUUGAGAUGCAGAAGAUGGAAAGAAAGGAUUCACUUCUCAAAUAA